ACCAGCCACUUUCCAUUCCUUUCAUAUCAAAUGUCGUCUUCCUCAGUAAAAUCAUAUUCAUCGGCUCUAGACCCUCUCAACAAGGCAUGGAAAACUCCACUCCUCUUCCCCACCGUGAAACCCAUCAGCUCCCUAAUCUCUCUCUUUCUCAAAGCUGGUCUUGCUCUUUCAACAGUCUUCUUCUUCUCCCUUCUCCUCCGCCUCUCCAUUUCCCAUUACGGCCAACCCUACAACAGCACCACAACCUUCAACCACAUGCUCCAUACUCAACGAACACAACAUGAGCCGACCAACGUCGGCCACAUCGUGUUUGGCAUUGGCGGCUCAGCCGCCACGUGGCACACUCGGCGCCACUACACCGAGCUCUGGUGGCGUCCAGGAGUUACCAGAGGCUUUGUCUGGCUAGACCAAAAUCCGUCAGAUACUGACCCGUGGCCAGAGACCUCGCCUCCCUACAAGAUCUCUGACAACACGUCAUCCUUUAAGUACACGUGCCCAUACGGAACGCGGUCUGCGAUUCGCAUGGCAAGGAUAGUGAAGGAGAGCUUCGAGCUGGGUUUGGAGAAUGUGAGGUGGUUUGUGAUGGGUGAUGACGACACGGUUUUCUUCCCCGACAACCUCGCAACGGUUUUAUCCAAGUACGAUCACAAUCAAAUGUACUACAUUGGUGGGAACUCUGAGAGCGUGGAGCAGGAUUUGGUACAUUUUUAUACCAUGGCUUAUGGUGGCGGCGGCAUCGCCAUUAGCUACCCUUUGGCGGAGGAGCUUGUGACGAUCUUGGAUGGGUGCAUUGAUCGGUAUGCGCAUCUUUUUGGGUCUGAUCAAAAGAUUCAGAGUUGCAUCAGCGAGAUAGGGGUGGAGAUUACCAAAGAACCUGGUUUUCAUCAGGUUGAUAUUCGUGGGAACCCAUAUGGGUUAUUGGCAGCACACCCAGUGGCACCAUUGGUGUCACUCCACCACCUUGACUACGUAGAUCCAAUAUUCCCAAACAUGAACAGAUCCGAUUCCAUUCAAAAGCUUGUGACAGCAUACAAAGCGGAUCCAGGCCGGACUCUCCAAAAGAGCUUCUGUUACGACCCACUUCGAAACUGGUCAGUCUCGGUUUCAUGGGGAUACAGCGUGGAACUUUAUCCUUCUUUGGUUACUACCAAGGUUUUGGAAAUGGCGUUUGGGACGUUCAAAACUUGGAGUAGUUGGAGAAGUGGGCCUUUUACAUUAAAUACCCGACCCGUUAUCAACGACCCGUGUGAGAUGCCCUUGGUGUACUCUUUGGAUAGCGUUGGAAACGCCGGUUUCCGAGAGACCCGGUCAAGGUACAGGAAAAACUUGCUAAGAGAGUGUCAGCGCGAGGAGUACAAGGAGGCUCUGGGUGUUCAACACAUUGACGUUUUGGCCUCACGGUUUACACCAGAGAUGUGGAUAAAGGCACCACGUAGACAAUGUUGCGAGGUAAUGAAUGAUGGAGGUAGCAGAACGAAAGAGUCAUUCCAGGUCAUGAUUAGGGAAUGCCAUCGAUUUGAGAGUGUGACUCCUCCAUAAAAAGCGAGAAGAAUGAUACAAACACAGAUUAUGAUUUAAGAAAUAAAAGUGGGUAUAAUAGCCCUAUUACAUAAAUGUCAAUAGCUAGUAGAUUUUAGGAUAAAUUAUUGAAAUGGUAUCUAAAAAUUUAUAUUAUUGAUAAAAAUAAUAUUAAAAAAUAUAAAUGACAAAUAAAUUUGUGAAAU